AUGCCGAACAAGAUCACGAUCGACCUUAUCCGCCGCAGGGCAGAGCACAAUGAAGGUCUCAUCCACACCCUCGAGGAGCUCUCCCUGCACCAGGAAGAAUUGGAAUCAAUCGACGACACCCUCGGCUGCAACUGCCGCCGCCUCAAGAUCCUCUAUCUCCAGAACAACAUCAUCGGGAAGAUGCAGAACCUGCACCACAUGAAGGAGCUAGAGUACCUCAACCUCGCCCUCAACAACAUCUCCAAGGUUGAAGGCCUGCAGUCUUGCGAGUUUCUGAACAAGCUGGACCUAACGGUCAACUUCGUCGACAUGGACGAGCUGGAGAACAGCGUGUCUGCCAUGGAGGGUAACCGGCAUCUCAAAGACCUCUACAUGAUGGGCAACCCUUGUCAGUCAUGGGCUGGUUUCGAGGCGUACACGAUAGCUCGGCUGCCUCAAUUGGAGCGCCUGGACGGCAAGGAGAUCACCCGAACGGACCGAAUAAAGGCGCAGCAGCGGCUGCCUGCCCUCCGCAAGGAGAUCCCGUUGUUGGCACAGGAGGUGAGACAACGCAAGCUCGCCGAGAAAGAAGCGGCUAAAUUAGAAUCUCAGGAAAAGCAUGAUGGAAACAACAACAGCGACAACGAGCACAGCCGGGGGGGGGGCGUGGAUGCCGACGACCACCCCACAGCCCCGGCGAAGAGCGACGGCGCCACAGACCAACCAGGACACGAUGCUCGGCCUAGCGGCACCGACAAGUCCUGUGACGGAAAAGGGGAGGAAGAGGAACUUACGAAGCACACGCCGGAGGCCCGCACGGCGAUAUACCGCGAGAUGGCCGAGCAGAAGAGGGAGAAAGAAGAACGGCAGAAGGAAAACUUGCCCAAGGACCGCAACUUUGAGCUCGAGCAGACCAGGCUGCCGCGGUGGAGAGGGCCCGCAAGCGAGAAACCGAGGGCACGAUCAGACAGUGCACACGAGGCCAAACUCGAGUUCCGCUUCGAGGAGACCGGAGCGGCGUCAUCGACCCCGGGGGGCCGGGUGGGGCGGGGAAGCGGCAGCAGCGGGGACAUCGUGCUUGAGGUGGCGGUGCCGAAACACCUGGACUCUUCCCUCAUGGACCUCGACGUGCUGCGCCUGAGCCUUCAGGCGGAAGUGAAGGCGGGAGAGGCUAAGGCUAGACGUAGCAAGACAACGGGAAGCCUUGUGGUGACCAUGCCCAAGGUCGACCCCGAUCAGUCCAUAGGCCUCAUCCCAACCGACGGCAGAAGGCGGACCCCCGGCGUUGUUGCGGACCGUGCGGCUGCCUCCAAGAACGCCGCUAAGAACGACGCCGGCCGCACGAGGCGUCGAGGGGGGGGAGGGGCCCCUACUCUGGCUGCACUAAUGAUGGAGGAGGCCCAGGCUGCGGCGGCGGCGGCGGCGGCGGCGGCAGCAAAGGAGGGUCAAGAGGGUGCGGGAAAAUCGGCGGUGUCGAUUCGCGGCAUGGUCGGCCCUCGACACGGCGGUCUCGAGGCGGAGACGGCGCCAGAGCUCUCCGAGGGGUUUGUCCGCUUUUUCCGCCGGCGUUCUCCAUUUCGCCGCUUUUCUGACAUCUGCAAGAAGAUUCUCCGCCUGCCUGCGUUCUCCGAUUCUCCGCUUUUCCGACCUCGGCACCUUGCGCAGCUCUCUCGCUCUCUUCCUUGCACACGCGCUCGCGCCCCCUCCUCUCACCCCGCCGACAGCACCCUCCACUGCCUACUAGCACCCUCCGUCUAG